UCUACAGUAAAUGAUAGGGGAAGGCAGCGCGCAUGCUCCAACCUAUACUUCACUGGAUACAAUGUAACAAGGAGAGGAAAUGUUUAUGUUAUUCCUCUGAUAUGGGCGGAAGUGUCUCCUCUGAGGAACACAUGAAAAUAUUCAAAGUUAGGAAACUGAGCGGCGCUGAGAAGUAUGGAGUGGCGUGCAGGAGCCUGAGAGAGCUGAGAGAGAAGGGGGGCAAGAGGCUGCAGCUCCCCCUUAGGAAUACCCGGGUGUGUCUGUAUGAAGACGGGACGGAGGUGAGCGAUGAGGAGUAUCUCAGGUCUCUCCCGGAUAACACGGAACUCGUCAUCCUGACUGCCGAUCAGACGUGGAAGGGAAGCAUUGAUUGGUUGCUGAAUACGUUCUACACAAGUCUGGCCGGUGUCCCCGAAGCGGCCCGGAAGCUCCUAUUGGAUGAACAGGCUCCCAAGACUCAGAAGAUCCUGAUUGACUUUGUCCAAAACCUCAACGAAAAUAUUGCGGCAGAACGCCGCGAGGAAGACGGGCCGUGGUUUGAAGGCAUAGAGUCUCGGUUUAAGAACAAGUCCAGUUAUAUGAGGUUCAGAUGUGAGAGCCGGAUCCGGGGUUACAUGAAAGAGGUUCAGAGUUCAGCAGCCACCGUGGGCCCGUCUGCCAGGGAGGAAUACGCCGGCCUCAUAGGGGCGCUGAACAAGGAGCUGAAAAGUGCCGAGCACAAUGGAAGUUACUUCGACAGGACGGAGCACAAGGCCAAACGUCUGUGUACGGAGGAGGGGUGGUUCUCCUGUCAGGGAGCGUUUGAUGAGAAGAAUUGCACUUCCCGGCACUCCAUCAAUCCGUACAGCAACAAAGAAAGUCGAAUUCUUUUCAGCACGUGGAACCUCGACCACGGGAUUGAGAAGAGUCGAACGAUCUUGCCUUGCUUGGUGGAAGCCGUGAAGGAAAGUGACGGGAGACGGGUCAACCAUCAAUAUUUUUUUGACCUUUUAUUUACCACAAAGAACCUCAAACUGGUCCACAUCGCCUGUCAUAAGAAAACCGCGCACAGCCUGUCCUGUGAUAGGUCCAAGAUCUACGCCAAUCAGAGGAGACCCCGAAAUAAGAGACCUCUGAGCCAAGUAUCGUGAUGGGAUUUGGGGGCUUUACUUUUAUCAUGGCAGCUUUCUAUAGAAGGAGAACACACUGAUGUUUAAUCACCGACUGAUUUUAUCUCAUUUAUUACAAAAUAUGUAUUUUAUUUUUAUUUUACAGCCAUGAAAUCUCCUGUGCACCGAUUGGUUUAUUUAUUUCAAAUAAAAAUGCAGCUUUUGUAUUUUCCCAACGUC